CUUGGUUUCUACCCUUUUCCCCCUUCUUAGUAAAUGUCUUCAGUCACUCGUUCACUCCUCGCAGCCUCCAUCGCAGCUAUAUCUGUCUCUGUUGUCGCACAGGGCAACAAAUUCCCUCAAGUUCCUCUCAACGAUAAGCGUUUCGAAUAUAACCAGUUGCCAUACAAAGUAGACACUGACGUCGGAUUGGAACGAGGCGUUCAAUACGGUUACAACAUCUGCAACUCCACAACCACUGGUGCUCAAUCUAAAUGUCAAACUGCCAUUAUCAACUCAAUCGACGAUUUCUGUCUUUGGGGUCCACCCGACCCUGAUUCCCUCGUAGGCAACACAGAAGGCGAGGCCGUAGCCUGGUGUACCGACCCGUCCCAUGGAACGCGGACAAUUCCUCCCGGUGCGCUCCAAGGCGUGCAGUUCAUGAAAACACCAGAUUAUAUCCAAGUCGUUGGGUUUAUCGAUCAGACAAAGAUCAACAUGCGAAGCGAUGAUUACGGUGGGGAGAUGGAUCCUCAUGGGGCUGAUUUGAGAGGAAAUCCUAUGGGAGGUUUGCUUUAUUCGAAAGCGUGGAGUAGUGGGGGGGAUUUCAAACAGGUUAUUCAAUGGCACAACUUCAUGGGCGCCAACUUCUUCUGCCUCAAAGCCUGCGACCCCUCCAAACCCAACGACCGUAAAUUCUGCGAACACAUCUUCGAUCGUAUCGGAUGUGCCUAUAACGCUCCCAACAAAGCUCAAAACGGGACAUUCGAGUCCUGUAUGGGAGAUAACCAAGAUUUCCCUGGGGUUUAUACGCAGAAUGGACAGGUUAUGACGUAUACGCAGCCACCGGAGGAGUUGGGUGUUAUUGCGACGAUGCCGUAUCAACCGAAGGUUCCCGCGUCUUCGCAGUGUACGCAGUAUCAGAGUCAGACGUUGUAUGCAAAGUUGGGAACGGUGUCGACAUCUGCGAGUGCGAGUGCGGGGAAGCCUACGGGUAGUGGUAGUGGUAGUGGGUUGGGAGGUGGGACGCAGACGGGGACGGGUCAGAGAGCGCAACAGACUGGUGGAGCGGUGGGGGUGCGGGUUGGGGUUGGGAUGGUGGUUUUAGGGUUUGUUGGUGUGUUUUUGUUGGCGUAAGGGACACUGCUUGGUUUUGGACUUCGUUCAUUUUGGUUGCUCGUAGAAUUACCAUGUCCUUUCCUUUUUUUUCUUUUCUUUGGUAACCGACCUUGGAAUUUCAAUUUCUCGUAGUUGCUGUGGAUAGCAUUUUCUCAAGCUUCGUUAGCCCCCACUGAACACGGCGGGUGCGAUUUCUGCCACCAGAUCCAGAUCUCGUACAGGAAGCGUAACACCGAUGUCAAGUAUAAUUUUGUACUUGAAACGAC